UGCAACACUGCGGCUGGGCAAAAAUCAGCUGACGACUGACAGUCGAAUUUGGGCCGCUCGAGCGAAAUUUGAAUCUUUUCGAAGGGGUGCACGAAUAAUAUAGAUCAUCUAGCCAGUGAGAACUUCAAGGACAAUCAUGCGACUGGCACGACGUUACGGGAUUGCGCUGGUUGCGCUGCUCCUGGUUUGGGCGACCGUUUUGUUCUUCUGCUCUGAAAAAAUCAUAAACUACGACAACACCAAGUCCAGAAGUCCUGUGGAGCUCGUCUGGUGGUCCAAGCACAUGUCCUGGAACUACGACGAGCAACGCCAGUGCGGGAUUCACACUUGCCGCAUCUCCAACAAGCGCAGCCGCCUUCCGAUGGCCCGGGGCGUAUUGUUUUACGGCUCAAAUAUAAAGCCUGGAGACUUUCCCCUGCCCCGGAUUAAGCACCAAAUUUGGGCCCUGCUACAUGAAGAGUCACCCAGGAACACACCGCUUAUAUCCAAUGAUGAGUUCCUUCGCCACUUUCACUUCACUUCCACGUUUAGCCGCUACAGCAACUUUCCCCUGACUACGCAGUACUUGCCCAGUGGCGAGGCGCUCACCUCGAAGGAUUACUACGUUCCGUUCAGCGGCAAGUCCAAUUUCGGAUACCGUCCAGUCACAUCGGUGGUGUUCCUUCAAAGCGACUGCGACACGAUGUCUGGAAGGGAGGACUACGUAAAGGAACUGAUGAAGCAUGUACCGAUCGAUUCCUUCGGCAGCUGCCUGCGGAACAGAGAUCUGCCAGAGAGCUUGCAGAAGGAUUACUUGAAUAAUCUCUAUUCACCGGAGUUGUUGCGUUUCCUGUCUGAGUACAAGUUCAUGAUUGCCAUUGAAAACGCUGCCUGUCCCGAUUAUAUAACCGAAAAGUUCUGGCGUCCUCUGAUAAUGGGAGUAAUUCCAAUUUACUUUGGCUCACCCACAAUAAAAGACUGGCAACCGAAUAGUAAAUCUGCAAUUUUUGUAAACGACUUUCACAAUCCUCAGGAAUUGGUGAAAUAUCUGAAUAAGUUGGCGGGUAACCAACAGCUGUACGAUUCGUAUCGCCAACACAAACUAAAUCUCCGCAACCCCAUUUCCAACCAAAAUCUGCUCCACAAUCUCGUGACGCGCCAGUACCACAUAGGCGAUUCUUCUUCAGGAGCCUCGCUCUUUGAAAAGUUUGAGUGUGCCGUGUGUUACCAUGUCAUCAAUACUGCCAGGAACGUGAAGGCCGACUCGCGCCAUUACAACUGUCCCCUGGAACCGGUGUACGCUCAGCUGGAGGGUCAGGAAAUUCCUCAGAAUGUCGCCGAUUGGCGAUCCAUGAUGGAGGUGGGCCAGUGCCAAGCAAAGUUACUUGAUGAGUUCUUUCGCCGUAACCUCAGCUUCACUGAUGCUGAGUUUGAUGCUGAGCUUAAUCGGAGGAUGGAGGCAAACAGUUGCAAUAAUAGUUCCAAUACUUAGUUCGAUAAAUACGUGCUCAGGCUGUAAUCAUACAGACUUUACCAUGUGAUAAUAAAUUUACAUAAAGCUA